AUGCUUCAAAGAAUCACAAUUCUCUUUUUAUCAAUCAUUUUGCUAAAGGCUUUGGAAGCAAUUUGGUGUGGCGGUGAAUGGACUGGUCGAUGUCCAAAGUUUCACGUCUGUCUUCAAGCAAACCCCAAGCAUUAUGCCAGCCAUAAAUGUAUCGAACACGAAAAGAAUGAAAAAUACCCAACUUGUAUCCUGGGAACGUGCCAAUUUCCGAUUAGCAUUUGGAGGAUAGGAGCCCAAUCAUCUCCAACUCCUUCUCCAUCCAUCCCAACAACUCCUCCCUUCACCACUCCACUUCCAUUCAAAGCAAAUCUCCCCUCCGAUUACCCAUACCCACCAGGGAACAAAUUGCUCAAGAUUGGAGUCAUCACCACCGAAGUCUCCUCCCGCGACAUUGGCCUUUCAGACACAGGUGGAGCGAUUCCAAUGGCAAUGGACUACAUAGUGCAGAAUCAAAUCCUGAACGAUUACACUUAUGAAUUCUUCACCAACUACACGGAUUGUGAUGAAGCUACCGCUGCUGGAGUGGCCGUUCAAAUGAUCACCGAUUAUGGUGUCGAUGUCAUCAUCGGACCACCGUGCACCACUUCAAUCAUCCCAGUCGCCAUGCUCGCCGCCUAUUACAACACCAUUCAAAUCGUUUGGGGUUAUUCGACAGCCGCCGCGCUCACCGAUAACACACGAUUCCCGACACUCACCUCGAUCACGCCGAAUACGCUACAAAUGGGUUACGGCUUGCUGGCACUGAUGAAUCUUUAUGGAUGGUCACAAUUCGGUAUCGUUUACAACGAUGACGUGGUGGGCUUUUGCGAGGGUCUCGUCACCGAUGUUGAGACAGCCGCUCAAUCGUUACCCCAAAAUUUCACAAUCAACUAUCGUUACCGUUUACCGUCUGGCUCGUACGCGGAUGAAACGACAGCCAUGAAAAGGAUGAAAUCGAGAGCAAGAAUCAUCGUGAUGUGCCUCGAUGGAAGUACUCGUCGACAAAUGUUGCUGGUUGUGAAAGAUCUGAACAUGACAAGUCCAGACUAUGUUUACAUUCUGUUAUCAAUGAGAGGCACUGGUUUUGGUCUGCAAGCUAUCUCGAAUUACUCGAAUGAAGUUUUGGACAACGGUUUCACUCCACAAUGGGUCGAUUUGACGAAUAAACCACCGGAUGGACGGGAUGCUGAUGCAAAAGCGGCUUCGGCACGGUUUUUGAUCAUUGACACAGCCAACCUCGCAGCUCAAGGCACAAACACUGCAACAUUGAAACAAGAAGUCUUUCAAAGGGUGACAGAAUGGCCAUUCUACUGUCAAACCUCGUACUGCCAACUGUUGUACAAUGUAUCUGGGGUCGGUAACUUCAUCUCAUAUCAAUACGAUGCAAUGCUCUUCUAUGCUUAUGCGAUGAAUGCGACACUCAACCAAGAUCCUGUCAAUGGAUUAAAUGAUAUGGAUCUCUACUUGAGUGUCAAGAAUCAAGUGCAUUUUACCGGCUGGUCCGGGAACGUUCAAAUGACCCCAAAUGGAAGUCGUCUACCCACAUUUUUCGUCUAUGGUUUGGAUGUGAAUAGUAAACCGCAAAUAUUCGUCAAUCUCACCUACGCGUAUAGUGGAGAGCUGAUGACAGCCACUCCCACCUACACCGAUCCGUCAACAUCGAUCUGGGUGAACCGAGGCGGCUUUCAACCAGCAGAUGAGCCCGUUUGCGGCUUCACCGGUACCGAUUGCCCGCUGACCACCUGGGAACAAAGUGGAGCUUAUAUCAUAGCUGGAUGUGCGGUGGCUGCCUUCUUGGUUGUUGUGCUGCUUUUCUUUGGCUUUUAUGCAAUCAGAGAAAGACGUCGAGAAACGGAACGCCAAAACGCCGAGUGGCGAAUCAAUCAGAACCAACUGGAGAAGCCGAGGGGAAAACACGAUGAACGAAGCAUGCGCUCAUUGCGAUCGUCCAAAUCCUCCGUUUCAGGCACUGGAUCGAAAUUCUCCUUUGGAAGCAAGCACAAUGAUAGUGAUCGAAUGAGCUAUUUCUUGUUCAUGGGCGAUCCGGUGAUGGCGAUGAAACACAAAGUGGUGUCAAGAUUGACUAUCGAGGAUCAUCACGAGUUGAGAUUGAUUCGUCGAAUGGAGCACGAUAACGUUCAUCGUUUCAUCGGUUUAUGCGAAGAGGCGAGUCCCGUGUUGACCAUUUGGAGAUUGGCGUCGAGGGGAUCACUAGAGCAAGUCCUAACCGGUAGUAGCAUGAACAUCGAUGGUUUCUUCAUGUAUUCCCUGAUUCGAGAUCUCGUCGAAGGAAUGUGUUACAUCAAUAAGUCAUUCUUGAAGGGACAUCGGAGAUUAUCAUCUCAAGUCUGUUACAUCGAUGAUCGGUGGCAAUUGAAAGUUGGCGGAUAUGGGCUGACUUUUAUUAGAGGAUUGGAGCAAACCACGAAGAAGGAGCAACUCUGGUUCGCUCCUGAAAAACUCCGUGAGCCAAUGACACCUCCAAUCGAAGAACACGAUAUCUACUCAUUUGCCAUCAUUUCUUCAGAGAUUAUCACCCGAAAAACCGCAUUCGAUAUGGAGAAUCGAAGGGAAAAAGUUGAAGAAGUGACCUAUAUGAUCAAAAAAGGAGGAUCAGUACCGUUGAGACCAGACCUAGUGGUGGCUGACGAGGCCGAUGUCAAUCCGGCUUUGCUUCAUCUCAUUCGCGAUUGCUGGCACGAAGAACCCCAAAAUCGACCGAGAUUCGAAACGAUUAAGUCACUGAUUGCAGCAAUGGGCUCUGAUCGAAAACAAAAUCUCAUGGAUCACGUGUUUAACAUUUUAGAGAACUAUGCAGAGACUCUAGAAAAAGAGGUACAAGACCGAACCGGAGAACUCGUCGAGGAAAAGAAAAAAAGUGACAUUCUUCUUUACCGAAUGCUACCAAGACAAGUGGCUGACCGGUUGAAGCUGGGUCAAACCGUGGAACCCGAAGCCUAUGACAGUGUCACGAUUUUCUUCUCGGAUGUCGUGAAAUUCACGAAUUUGGCCGCAAAAUGCACACCAUUACAAAUUGUCAAUCUUUUAAACGAUUUGUACUCGACCUUUGAUCAGAUCAUUGAAGAACACGGGGUUUACAAAGUAGAAACGAUUGGCGAUGGAUAUCUUUGUGUAUCCGGCUUACCGCAUCGGAAUGGAAUCCAACACAUCAGGGAUAUUGCCGAAAUGUCACUGGGAUUCUUGAAGGCUAUUCAGUACUUCCGAGUCCCGCACAUUCCCACCGAGCGGAUCAAUCUCCGAAUCGGUCUCCAUUCUGGAUCAUGUGUAGCCGGAGUGGUUGGAUUGACAAUGCCAAGAUAUUGCCUCUUCGGUGACAGUGUGAACACGGCAUCUCGUAUGGAAAGCAAUGGAAAACCCGGUCAAAUUCAUAUGUCCGAUGCAGCCAAUUCGAUGAUUCAACGAUAUGGCGGAUAUGUGACGGAACCGAGAGGAGAAGUCAUCAUAAAAGGUAAGGGAGUGAUGUCAACGUAUUGGUUGCUUGGCCGAGUGGACGAGCCAAUUCUUCCAUCAAUGAGUCAAAAUCGAAGUGAGGAGCCGCUCGUUCAACCAAGAGACGUUGAAGAGAGCAGAUUUGAUCCGAUGAUCGAGGAUCUGGGAGGGGAGCAAGUGGAAGAUCUCGGCAUUUAUCGAAGUCAUCUCAAGAAAUUGCCCAUCAAUCAACCCGAUGAGAUCCAACCGGCA